AUGAACUCAAAAGAAGAUGUGCUUGUUGUUAGCAAGGUUUACAAGUAUAUUGAAACACUGGCAACUCCCUCUGGAACAGUUAAAAUCGCAAAUAAAGAUUUUCAAAAAAAAUCCGGGUGUGAAACACCUAAAAAACUUUCAACUCGAUGGAACUCUACUUAUUUUAUGAUCCACAGAUUUAUUGAGUUAGAAAAUGCCGUGCGAUCUACCGUCGCUGUGUUAAAUGUAAGUCUACCUCAACUAUCAAUUGAAGAGUGGCAAGACUUAAAACACUUGAAGAAAAUUUUAGAACCUUUUGAAGGAGCUACUCGUACAAUUAGCGGACAAAAGUAUAUGACAGGUUCAAUGGUGAUACCGGUAACCAGUGGAUUAUUAGAUGUUUGUGAUAAAUUAUCGGAAAUAAAUUUUGCAAAAAAACUGCAAACGUGUGUGCAAAAAUUAUUAAGUAAUCUUAAGGACAGAUUUUCUGAUAUAGAAAACAAUAGUGUUUUAAGCAUGUGCACAAUGUUGGAUCCUCGCUUUAAAAUAUAUGCAUUUACAGACAACAACGCAAUUGACAAAGCAAGAAAAAAAUUAAUUUCAGAACUCGCUAAAACUAUGACUACCGAAAUUGAAGCAAAAGUAAGUGACGAACAAACAGAAUUUAAAAACGAUGAUUGUCCUUUUAAUAUAUGGACAUCAUUUGACAAAACUGUUUUUGAAAAAAGUAAAAAAUUCUCCAAAGAUACCUCUUCUUCAAAGGCAGUUUUGGAGGUUCACAGAUACCUUGAAGAUGAUAUCCUAGACCGGAAAAAAGACCCAUUGAGGUGGUGGGAUGAAUAUAAAUAUGUUUAUCCCAACUUAAGUAAACUUGUAAAAGUAAAAUCUUGCGCGUUAGCAACGUCGGUGCCUUUUAAAAAUUAAAAAAAUUUUUUUCAAAGCUGGAAAUAUUUUAAAUCAGCGGCGAACGCGCUUAAGUGCAAAAAAUGUGCAACAAUUGUUGUUUUUAAACAUGAAUCAUAAAUAUGCAAAUAUAUAGUGUAGUACUUAGUGUAAAUUAAGUAACUAUUUAUGUAAUACUCUUGUUUUUCUAUUAUUUAAUACAUAUAUUUUAAGUACAAAUUUGUUAUCUAUUUUUCUAUGUUUAUG